AGUAGAGUAAAUGCUAUGGCUUGGCCGUGCAUCAGCAGAGUGUGCUGCCUGGCUCGUUUCUGGAAUCAAUUCGACAAAUCGGACCUCUCGGUCCCGCUGACCAUUCAGAACUACUCGGACAUCGCGGAGCAGGAGGUGCGCUCCGUCACCAAGCAACUCUCCGACUCGGAGAACAACUACACCACCCCGGAGCCGCGCGUCCGAGGCUCCCUUCAUGCGCCCGCAGAUGGACCCCGGGGACCCUCCAGGGCACGGAGGGAGCCCAGCUACAAGCCCCGGGAGGAUUACCACCCGCCCGGCGUGCCGUUCCCUAGUGUCACUCAGUACAAGCAGGAUUUCAAACCCUGGCCCAUUCCUAGAAAGGAUAACUUCCCCUGGAUCAGUAACGGGGGCAGCAGGGGGGACGGCGCUUCGGACAGCAGCCCGGUGAACAGUUACCACCUCCAGGCGCAGGUUGGGGAGAGGCGGGGGGACAGGUUGGAGCAGCAGGUGACGGAGGAGAACAAGACCAGCUCCUACAGGCAAGAGUACAGGCCAUGGACUGGGGUGAAGCCAGCCAGGAGUGCGAGGAGAAAUCCCACAGCUCAAUAUUCCAGCCCAGGGACGGAGGCCACCCACAUCCCACGUGAGACCAGCUAUCAGGCCGCCUACAGCGGGGAGGUCAGCAGGGCCAUGAGCGGGCAAAAGGCUGAGCUCAUCCCCCCAUCUGCUGCCUCCAACAUCCAGCCUCCGCCCGUCACUCAGCACAACCUGGCUGCCACGCGAGCCGGCAGCUCCCUCAGCCCCUCCAGCCUCCAGCAAAGCAUCCUGCCUGAGACCACCGAGCACAGUGGAACAACCAAGAGAGAGGAGCAUCUUGUGAGGACCAAACUGCCGCCGAACCCUUCCGCUGUCUUUCAAAGCGGAUCGAGGGUUUUCAACAUCUGACAGCUGCUGCGACUCUUCACCCCCCCCCCCCCCCCGGCUCGCUUUUGGUGUAAAGGAAUCAGCGGUGGGAGUGUUUCCAGUCCAUUCCACAACGCAAGAAUCUAUGCAAAGGAAUGUUGUUGUUGUGAACACUGUUAAGCAGCUGCUUAUUAUCCCAGGUAAAGAGAGAGAAACUACUCCUUUUUAUACUCCUCCAGGCUCCUUGCUCCUACAAAUGAAGAUGCAUGUGACAGAAUAGUCUAGAAACAAACUCUUUCUUUUUUUUUUUUGGCUAUAGAUGCACAAGAAACUGGCUGCUCUGUAUGUUUGUGUGCCUGCUCUUUUGUCUUUGAUGCAGUUUAACUCUGCACCAGUAGUUCAGGAUAUGAUUUAUCAUAAGGUGUGUUUGCUUAGAGUGUGCUAUGCUGCCCUUUGAUGUCUCUAGAAAUCUGCCUGAAAAUAAUUUAUUACCUUUACAUUCAGUUCACGUUUGAAGAAAUUAUUGUUUAGUCUUUUUUUUUUUUUUUUUUUUGGUAAAGAUCUCAUUAAAGAGAAACAGCAAUUAAAGGAUCUAAAAAGCUGAAUUACAAUAAAAUAUUGUUAAUUAGGCUUGUUUCACUUCUCAGUCGGGUUUUGUUCACCUCUGUGUGACGUCAUUGGCUUUAUUUAUUUAAUAGUAGGAAAGUAGUAAAUACUUGUUCCAGAUUAAGUUAAUCUGCACAUUACCUGGACCAGGGUUAGGAAUAGGCUUACAAACGCUGCAAUAUUUUCAUUCAAUGAAGAUUUUUUGACCAAUUUACAGUUGGUAAAUUUUGCAAAAGUGAAAAUCAGACGUGUAGUUCGUGGCACUUCGUUACCAGAGACAAUAAAUAUUGUUAUUGUAAAAAAGAAAAACAUAAGAUUUCUUCUGUUUUGAAAUUCUACUUAUCUUAUACUAAUUAAAAUUUUUUACAAAUAAGUAAUUUUUUGUUGUCAUUGGUGGUAAAUAUAUUAUAAAACAGGCAUUCAAGAUAAAAGUAAAAAUCUUUCCAGAUUUACUUCGAAUUAUACUUCGUGGCAAUUUGUUACCAGAAAAAAAACCCUUAACACCAAAUUAUUAACAAGUAAUAUUAUUGUUAAUAAAACAUACGCUCUUUUGAAAUACUGCUUAUACACUAGAAAUGUACAGUUGGUAAAUUUUGCAAACGUGAAAAUCAGAUGUAUACUUCUUGACAAUUCUUCACCAGAAAACACGCUGAUCUCUUAGCAACAGAUUAACAACAAAUAUUGUUAUUGUAAAAAAAAAAAGACAACAUAAGAUUUCUUCUGCUCUUUUGAAAUUCUACUUAUCUUACUGUACACUACUUAAUAAAAAAUUUGCAAAAAAGUGAUUUUUUUUGUCAUUGGUGGUAAAUAUAUUAUAAAACAGACAUUCAACACAAAAGUAAAAAUCUGAUUUAUACUUCAUGGCAGUUCAUUGCCAGAAAAAAACACUAAUCUCUUAACACCAAAUUAAUAAUAUUAUUGUUAAUAAAACAUAAGCUCAAUUGAAAUACUGUCUGUCUGCUUAAACACAAGAAAUUUACAGUUCGUAAAUUUUGCAAAAGUGAAAAUUAGAUGUUUACUUCAUGACACUUCGUUACCAGAAAACACUCUCAUCUCUUAGCAACAGAUUAACAACAAAUAUUGUUAUUGUUAAAAAAAAAACCCCAUAAUAUUUCUUCUGCUCUUUUGAAAUAAUACUUAUUUUACACUACUUAAUAAAGAAUUUGCAAAAAAGUUACUGUUUUUUGUCAUUGGUGGUAAAUACAUUGUCAAACAGACAUUCAACACAAAAGUAAAAAUCUGAUUUAUACUUCGUGGCAGUUCGUUGCCAGAAAAAAAAAACGCUCAUCUCUUAACACCAAAUUUAUAACAAGCAAAACUAUUGCUAAUAAAACAUAAGCUCUUUUGAAAUACUGCUUAGACACAAGAAAUUAACAGUUGGUAAAGUUUGCAAAAGUAAAAAUCAGAUGUUUACUACAUGGCACUUAGUUACCAGAAACACUCUCAUCUCUUAGCAACAGAUUAACAACAAAUAUUGUUAUUGCUCAAAAAACAUAAGAUU